AUGCCUAGUAUAACUAGAUCCGCUACUGGCAGUAUCCCAGCCCAGCCUGUCUCAGCACCUGUCCAAGCUCCCAAGCCAAAGAAGGCCGCAGCAAAGGCAAACACUGGAAAGAAGGUUGCUCCAACCAACGGCUCUAAGCCAACCGGUGUUGUUAAGAAAUCUGCUGUCUCUAAGAAACCCGCUGCCCCAAAGAAGACGCCCGCAGGCAUUGCUCAGCUUGAAGCUGCUGUAGACGAAAAGGUUGCCGAGGAGGUUGCCGAGGAGGUUGCAGACACCGCUGAGGAAAAAGUCGAGGAGGCUACUGCUGAGAAGCCAGCGCCCAAGACGAAGGCUGCCCCCGCACCAAAGAAGCCUGUCACCACCAAGAAGGCCGUUUCUAAGAAACCCGUCGUUAAGGCCUAA